CGAUCGCGAUCGUGCGAGUCCUGCGAAAGUGCCAUCAGUGUGCAGGCGGUGGAGCAGCAGCUGCGCCAGAUGCAGAGGCAGCUGAACGAGAUCAGUGUGAUCCCGAUGCAGAUUCAGGCAACGUUAAGUUUUCUCACGAAAACCCUCUCCCAGUUUGCCCCACCCGAGCUGCAGAUGCAGCUUCCGGAAACUCUGCGUGAUUCUGGUAGCCCCCAGCAUCAGCAUCAGCAGCAACCUUCGACAGAGGAAGCAGAAAGCCAUUCAGAAACGACGCUGGAACAUACGAAUGCGAUCGGCAAUAGCGAGCCUGCUGAUCAGCAGGAGGAAUACGCCAUCACACUGGAAAGCUUGUUCGAUGAAUCGGUAGUUGUGGAAACAAUUCCGACGGAAAAGGAUGGCCAGGAAGAUGACGAAGAGGAGUCUGAGCCCGAGAUUAGUGAGGAGGAGCGAUUAAGGAUCGAAAAGAUGGAACGUGUCAUCAAACUCCAGAAAACGUGGCCCUGGAGUCAACAGGAGAAGCCGAUUCAUAAGCGAUCCAACUGCCAUUUGGUUCCGAGUGUCGCGCUGGAACGUUCGAGAAUAAAACAGAUCACGGAGCGAGAAACGUUACCAUUCUACAAGCAUGGUUUGUUGCAGCGUGCUGGGCACUGACGAUUGGUUUGGAAAAUAAAUGUUUGA